AUGCUUAAAAUCAGUACAAAAGAGAGCAAGUCACUGAAUCAUGCCGGUCGUAAAAUCAAUCGUAAACAAGAAAAUUUUCGAAGUAUAGGAUAUUCAGCCACCGAAUCCAAACCAGCCCGCCAGCCGUUUAUAUGGAUAUUUUCCGAUGUCGGCGGUUGUGGUUUAAAGGCCCAACACAGCAGUUGUGAUCCGAGCCACCUUUUGGACGAAGAGCCGAAACAAAGAAUGGAAAAACAAGUCCGCGACAACGAACCCGGUUCGACGAUCGGCGCAUCGGCUGACGGUAUCCGUAAGAAGUACAGUGAGGCACAACAGAUGCUUUACAACAGCGGGUACAGAGUCGUACUCGGCAGAGUAGUAACCGCAGUCUAUAUCGCCAGGGAUGCGUUGAGUUACGAGAGGCCUGAAGGUUUGAGCGUUGCUACAUAA